GCUUCGCCACCAGUUUUGUCCUUACCCAGCGACUGCGAUCUUGACGUGCAUAGUUGACAUUUGAAAUAAAACUCUACAAUUGUAGAACUGUUGCAUAGUCUAUUGCAAUUUUUGUACCAAUUUUGAAGUUUGGUAAAUUUAUUUGUGUAGUGAAAUGUCGUUGCUGCAAGGGCCUUCGGCGAAGCAGGCGGAGAUCAUCAAGCAGGAGCUGAAUGAGUGCGAGGAGGACCUGGAACGAGGAGUGAGGGAGCUGCGGAGCAUGUGCGCUGCCGCCCCGCACCUGCCCUCGCCCGAUCACUUCGACAGGCAGUUCCUAGAGCUGUUCGUGCGCGGCUGCCGCAUGGACAUGGAGCGCGUGCGCACCAAGUUCGAGGCGUUCUGCGUGGCGCGCGCGCGGCACAGCGACCUCUACGCCCACCGCUCGCUCACCGAGCCGCCGCUCAACGACGUCUGCAAGUUCCUAGACAUGAUCCCGCUCCCGCGGCUGACGGAUGAAGGCUACCGCGUGACGUUGUUCCGGGUGCGGUCAGGGUACCCCGAGAGCGCGGCCGACGUCGCCGCCGCCGUGCGCGCCGUGCUGCUCGUCAGCGACGCGCGCAUGUGCGACGAGCGGCUCAUUGCCGGCGACGUGUUCAUAUGGGAGGUAUCAGAAGUGCGCGGUUCACUGGUGGCGCGCGUGGCGGCGGCGUUUGGGCCGAUCCGGCGCGCCAUCCAGCUGGCGCAGGCGGCUUACCCGCAGCGCCUCAAGCGGGUGCACGUGGUGGGUGCUCCGCCCUUCCUCGCCUCCUCGCUGCAGCUCAUGCGCUCGUGCGUUAACGAGAAGGUUCGCCGGCGGUACUACCUACAUUCUAAAGUGGACGAGCUUCUGGACCACGUCCCGGCGCGCGUGCUGCCGGCUGAAUGGGGCGGACAGGAGGAGUCCAUCGACAUCCUAACCAGAAAAUGGCGCCGACGCAUCGAUGAGCUGCGAGAUUACCUCCGGGACCUCAGUGAACUCAGCACCGACAACACCCCUCCCCUAAAAGACAGUGACCUCUACGGCACAGUCGGUGCGUUCAGAAAACUCGAUAUCGACUAAGCACACCACUAGUACACCCGCCAACCAAUCGGAGUGGACCUCGCGUCAUAGCGGAGCGCUGUGAUUGGCUGAGCAUGCCGCUAGACACGUUGCUCUCGGGACGGGCACACGUCGAUAUCGCGGCGACCGGUGCAAACACCAAAGAAUGAAGGCGCUUACUUUACAGCUCAAAUAAAACAUUAGAUUUAAUAAGAAUCUAACUACUUAAUAAGUAGUACUUAUAAUUAAACUUAGUAGGAAUUUGUACAAGAUUAAAUAAUAAGUAAUGUGAUAUUUUAUGAAUAUCAACCUUAAAGUAAGUAAAUUAAGAAAACGACUAUCCUUAUCUUAUAGUGAUAAAGUAAAUAUUGUAUACCUAGGUCAAUUUAUAAAGUAGGUAAAUAAUUAAAAUAAAUAUAAAAACUUA